GUGAAACAGAAACACCGAAGCAGAAACAGAAACAGAAAGCGAAACAAACACAAACAAACAACAAAGUCCCCUAUUAUCAUCAACGUCUUUCUACUAAUCAAUCUUCACUGCCUAAUAUAUAUAUCUCUAACAAAACAAAGUAACACAACACAAAGAAUUUCAGAUUUGAGAUUUUGAGAUUCAGAAAAAUCAACAACAACAAUGGAGGACAUUUGGAAGAGAGCGAAAGGGUUGGCAGAAGAAGCGGCGAGGAGAUCUCAGACUCUCACGAGUUCCGUUAACAUUUCCGAUUUGGUCACCGAAACCACCAAGAAAUCCAUGGAGCUUGCUGCCGAGGCUUCCAAGAAGGCCGAUCAGAUCAAAUCCGCCGCGCUCGAUCAGAUUCAGAUUCAGCAGAUCAAGUCUCUCUCCCUCUCCGACAUUAUCCCCGCUCAGCUCUCUUCGCUCGGCAAUUCUUCCGCCUCCUCGUCCGCCUCCGCUUCCUACUCCGAAUCGGAGCUCCGCGCUUUCGGUGUCACUGACGAUCUGAGAGACUUCGUCAAGGGCCUCACUUCUACUACAUUCCAGAACUUCCCAAUCCAAGAGGAAGCAGAGGCGUCUAACGUGACGACCACGGUGUCGAAUGUGCGUAAAGAUCUGACGGAGUGGCAGGAGAAGCACGCUACAAUUGUUCUCACUACUGUUAAAGAAAUUUCAAGAUUAAGAUAUGAAUUAUGCCCACGUGUUAUGAAAGAAAGAAGAUUCUGGAAAAUAUAUUUCACACUUGUGAACAGCCAUGUGGCUCCGUUUGAGAAGCAAUACAUGGAGGAGCUUAAGCUCAAAGCAGCAGAGGACAUAAAAGAUGAUAAAGUGAAACAAGCUUCUGAAGAAAAUGAGAAAGCAGAAGGGGUGGAGAAGAGCUUGAAGGGUCAAACUUCCAACGCUUCAGCUGAGCAGGACUUGGAUAAAUUUCUUUUGGGAGAUCUUGAAGACAGUGAUGGGGGUGGAGAUGAUGGUGAGGAAAGCUUUGAUGAUGAUUUUGACAAGAUUGGCAAUUCAGAUGUUGAAGAUGAAGCACAAACGAAGAAAGCAGCAGCUGCAAGAGGUUAGAAGACUGCCAAUUCGAGGGAAAUAUGAAGUAAAGGCAAAGACUUGCAUCUGUAACUAAUAGUAAUGACCACUGAACGGAAAACAGGAUCAGUAGAUGCUACAUAUCAAACUUAAUAUUGUGAUUUUCUUAGGAGGUGCAGUUACUUUGGUUGGCAAAACUGAAUUAGAUAUCAUCUGUGUUCUUUUAUUUGUUUUAGUGCUAUAAAUAGUGGCAAGCUAUGAUGCCUGUUUUAGGUUGUUAGUGAACAAAUUUGGGGAAGCUAGACCUUUACAUGCCUUGUAUAGAUGACUUUAUUAUGUUUAUUCUUAUAUUACAUGGUUCUUUUAAUGCUAGAAAA